AUGGAACAACCUGAUCUUACAUCGCAUCACGUCAACUACCUAAUAUGGAGGUACCUUCAGGAGUCAGGCCAUGGCGAAGCUGCUGUAUCACUACAGCGUGCGUGGUACCCGGAACCACAGAAUCUACCAUUUGCGCGCCACAUUCAGACUCACGCGCUGGUAUCGUUGGUCCAAAAAGGCCUGCAAUAUCAUGAAUUGGAGUCAUCCAUUGACAAGGAAGGAAAUCGCAUCACAUUAAAACCUACGGACUUUUUUUUCGGCCCGGAGCCCUUUGAGGUGUCCGCUUUAAAAAGCCGGGAUAAGUCUGGCACAGACCACCCCGCGCCAGAACCCACGCGCGAUCGCGUAAUUAAUGGCCAUCCACCGGAGGCUCCCGGAAAACGAAAGGAAACCAAUGGAGACUCGAUGGAGGUGGAUGCCGAGACCGAAAGCAAGUCAGGCUCGCCUGUCCCGGAUCCAGUGGAUGGGGACGGGGAUGUGAGCAUGGGGCCCGAUGAGGUGCCUCAGGAACCCACACUCAGCACGGGCGACAGCAUUGGCGUCCAGAUCAUUCCCCCCGCCAAGGCCGCCGAUUUGUCGCCUGACACCGCCUGCUUAGAUCUUGAAGAUCACGUGAUUGGUGCCUUUUGGCGACCAGGAGAUCCAACAAUGCUCGUGGCCAAAGGAGAGUCGUUUUGCUCCCUGUGGAAAUUUUCCUCGUCAUCCCCUCCAGUUCAAAAAAAGUUUGUUGACCUCAGGUCCAGCGAGUCAUAUGUGUCCGCUGUCGCCUGGGAUGGCAUCGGAGCCAAGUUGGCUGUGGCCUCGGUUCGGGACAUGAAGGGUGCGAUCACCAUGUAUAAUGCCGAGGGCAACGUGGUAGAUAUGCUCCCGGAUCUCCCUCGCAUGAUCAAUGGCUUGCACUGGGCAGAACAUAGCCCCCAAUUGGUGAUUGUUGCAUCUAAUGAAAAAGACUGUGAACUGGCGCUUUGGGACGGCAGCCAACGACCCGAUCAGUACCAAACCAUGGUCAUCAAAAAUCAAAUUUAUGACCUCACUUGGGCGGGCCGGGACGAAAUCUUUGCUUGUGGUGAAGGAACGGUCUAUCAAUGUAGUGUGGACCAGAACAUUCACCUAAACAAGGAGUAUAAGUUCGACAGAGAGACUGCCUGGAGCCUAAUUCAUUCUACCGAAACUAGCCAUGGCCCCGUUGUAGUUGUGGCAGGUUCUGAAAGGACGACCGACCCCGAAAGUAUUGACUCCGAAAUUGCCACGAUCUGGAUUCCAACCCACGAUAUUGUCAUCGAAAAUGCACAUACUGAUGCGAUCACGGCUAUUGACAUUCGACCUCAGUCACCCGCACAGCGACGAACCUCUUCGAUCACCGGAAAAUUCCCCAUCACUGUGGCUUCACAUUCACUAGACGGCACCAUCAGUGUGUGGAACAUAGAUUUGGAGCAGAAGGAGUUUCAACGAAUUCACCAAUUCCGCCUGGGGUCUGAAAUACCCGUUCUCGCUGGUGGCUUCUCACCUGAUGGAUACGCCCUUGCGGCUGUUGGUAAAGAUCAACUUUUCAUCUGGAAUGCCGAGCGUGACGGGGACCCCAUAGCUGUUUGGACUGCUCCAGGCUCAAAGGAAGUGAAGGAGGAAACCGAUACUACAAACGGACAGAAUGGUCAUCUUACACCCACUGAAUGUGCUCUCUCAUGGGAUGCUGAUGGGAAAAAGCUUGCGUAUGGGUUUGGAAAUAAGAUGGCUAUAGUUAAUCUCCAGCGGUGA